AGUUUCCACCAUAAUCUCAAAACUCAUAAAACUUUUUCGAUUCAAAAACAAUGAAGGCAAUCGGUGAUGAAAACCAAACCACAAAUCUGCCACCAACCAAUCCAGCAAUCCCCAUAAAUCUAACAGCCAUAGCUGACUAUUAUCUGACAUUUAACUGCAUCUCCACAAUGUACCAGGCCUACACCCAUGGUGACUUUCCCAUGGUGGGUUUCAUAGUUAUGGUUUACUUUGGUUAUUUGGGUCUCAUGUAUUGCAUAAACCAACUCCGAGCUUUACCUCCAACCCACACUUCACCAAAGAAAGAUUUCUUGAAAUCUAUCAUAUGGGUUUUAGCCACUGUUAUCUUAGUCGGAUUUGCUCUUCAAUUCUCCACCUUUGUUCACCCUCUUGUAGCUGUUUUUGUGUUUGCUGCUGCAGUUUCUACCAGUUAUUUCCUCUUCUUCUUAUAUUUCGUCCACGAUUGCGAUCCCCAUGAAUCUGCUAACUCUUGCUGCAUAUUUAGAAUCAAAGUGUCAAGGGGAUGUUGUGCCAAUUAUGAAGUGAUCAUCAAUGGCAGCAAAAUUACAAGGGAUGUUGUUCCAGGUCCAGAAAAUGUGUAAUUCCUGGAAGAUCUCUAGAUUUAAGAGUUAAUAGAAUAGGGCUUGUGGUGAAAGUGAUCUAAGUUUAUUUUUUUAAUUUCUUUAUUCAUAGGUAAAGCUUGUUGUUCCUUGUUAUCAUUCAAUCAAGUCAAAAGCUUUAAAAGCUGAUGGAAA